AUGACUUCCAAACCAGCGAUCAAAGAAGAUCCAGUUUGGACUAUUUUGCCAUCAUACUCUAUGUAUGAAUCCACAUUCUACGGACAGCAGAACCCACCUGAGUACGAAGAGUCCCUCACAGGGUCUGAGUCUCUUCACACAAAUACUAAUAGCUGUUCAACUACUCCUACACUGCUUCUAAGUGCUUCAGCAACUAAUGCCACCUCAAAUGGAUCGCAAUCUACCCCCUCUCUUAUUGUGGCGGACGAAAAUACCCGCUUCUGGCGAGAGACCAUUUUGGACAAUAUUCAUAAUUUGAGAAAUUUCACUGAUUCUGACAACAGGAUUCUGAAUCAACUUGAAAUUUCAAUUCAUUUUACAGAAGAUGUCGGAGAAUCAGGCAAAGUGCCUAAACAUGUUGACCCUUCAGUUUUCGAAUAUAAACAAGGCGAUUAUUUGAACGGAUAUAUCCUUCUUGAGAAUAAGUCGUCUGAGCCUAUCAAUUUCGAAAUGUUCUAUGUCCUCUUCGAAGGCAAUUUUGAAGUGGUUAACACCGAUAACACUAAAUCUACUGUCAGGAUUAAAAAGUUUUUGGAAAUGUACGAUUUUGCAGCCUCGUGGAAUCAAUCGUCUGUUGACAGACUUCUCACGGAAGAAUCUGACCAAUUUACUUGUCAAGCAAGAAUUGAUCCAAUUGAUAAUACAGCUCUUUGCAUCCAAAGAAAAAGUUUCGCCCCCGGAAAAAAGUUUAAGAGAUUCUUUACUUUCAAAAUUCCGGAUAAAUUGUUGGAUUCCGAAUGUAAUGAACAUAACCUUGCUGGUCACACCGAAUUGCCCCCUACAGUUGGUGUUUCUUUGAAAGAGAAGAAAAUCAAUAAAGGUAAAGUGGCUCCUGUCAAUGACUUUUCUUUCAUUGAUGCAUCCACAAGUUAUGCUGUCUUGGCAAGAAUUAUUGGUAGGGCCUCUCAAAUUAAGGUAGACGAAGCAGAAAACUUGAAAACAAAAUUGAUCAACUCUACUGGUGAUGAAUUUGUCAUCAUGAAAGAAAACGUUUCGUUCAUUCGUAUUUUGCAGGAUUCUAAUUGCCUAACUGAACCCCAGAAGGCUGUUAAUCGUGAAGCAUCCCGGAUACUAUAUGAGAACUUUGUUAGUCGCAUUAAAGAAAAAAUCAAGAUCGGAAAUCUUUUGAAGAAAGCCAUUGAGCUGGGCGAUGAUUUGAAAGCAGUCGACAUCUCUGCAAGGUUGGCCGAAGAAGAAGCUUCGAUGGGAACUAGUGAUGCGAUUAAAGCAAGACAACUUUACACUCGUUAUGACGACACUUCCAAACAAAUUUAUCUGAAAAAGCCUAAUCUUGUUACUUUGACAGUUCCUAUUCAUAAGAAGACUUUUAUGGGAGGCGAAAAAGUGCAAGGCACCUUCACGAUAUCAAGUCCAGCAACAGACUAUUUGCUUAAUUACAUGCAGCCUGAAAGGUUUAGAUCAGAAGCUGAUUCUUGUGAACAAUUGUGGAAACUCCAAAUUCCACUCAAAUUCACAUACUCUCCAUGUCUCGGAAAUACUUCCAAAGCACCAGAGAUCAGCAAAGUUACGACCGAGUUGGUUGUUUUCACAAUGAAGUCUGAGAAACGUCCAAUUCCUGUGGAGAUUCAUCACGAUUCUUUGUUUAAGAAUUGUGCUCAAAUAACGAAAUCUCUUAAACUGAAAGACGAUUAUGACCAUAUUGUUAAGAAACCAAUGCAAGAAUACUCUAAACAGUUGUAUUCUCUUGUCAAAGAAUUGGGAACUGAAAACUUCAAAGUAGAGAAGUCUUUGGUGGAAGACUUGGCAGCAAUGGCCUCAGCAGAAUCCAAGUAUAAUAACUUGUUGCUCCGCGAAUCGAAGGUUCUUGACUCCAAUGGCAAAAUGCAUGACGCAGAAAAACCAUUGAAAUUCACUUUGAAGCAAACAGAGGAUGGCAGAUUUUCGAGUGAUAUCACUCUUCUAGUCAACGCAACCAAAGCUCAAAAGAAGCAGUUCCCAUUGAAGAAUCUAUCACCCGAUUACAAGUCUUUCAAUGAAUUCUGCUUGGUUCCCAGCUUUCAAACAUGCCUUUUCUCGCGCAUGUAUUAUCUUCGAAUCUUCGUCCAUUUCAGUAACGAUGAGAUUGUUGAGUUUAAAUUACCAGUCACUAUAGCCAAAUUGCCACUUAAUUAA